AUGGACGUCGAGCCUCCAAGACCCACCAAGAAGCGUCAUCUAGCGGCAGAAGAGCGACAACGAGCAGUUCGCGCGUGUGAUGAGUGUCGCCGUCUCAAAGAGAAAUGUGAGGAUGGCACACCAUGUAGACGCUGUCGCCAUCUGCGCCGACCGUGUAGAUACAAUGUUGCACCUGCUGCAGUGGACAAGCGAGGACCGGGCCUUUCCGCCUCGCCCAAUGAGCUGAUGGACCGCAUGCGCUGCAUGGAAUUCAUAAUCAAACACCAUUUCCCCAAUCUCGCCCUGGAUAUCGUGUCUCUACAACGCACGUGCGAUUCUCUGUCUUCGCCCACUCCACCACGCGACCAGAACGCGAUCGUACCCGAGUCUAUCGAGCUGUCGGCGAAUACCCAAGUGUCUGACAGCCCUGAUAUUGGAGACGAGGAUUGUACCAUUGACCGCGUAGAUGGCACGACAGUCCAUUACUCAGGCGAGUUCUCUCAUUGGAACUUUUCCAUGCACAUCAAACGCAAUAUCGACGAUCUUAUGGCCAAAGCCAAUGUGCAGACUUCGGAAAACGUAAUGCGGGUACCAGAUUUCAUUCGCGUCGGCGAGGCGGAUCCAGCCUCGACUUCCAUCGCGGACGUUCUUGCUGUUGUGCCACCCCGUCCGGUUGCCACUUUCUUGACCAAUGUCUUCUUCAAUCAUGCCACCAGCGUCUACUACUAUGUAGACCGACGCUGGUUUGACGACAUCCUAGACAACAUAUACACCAACCCCGUCUCACUACGCUCCAAAGAUGUUACUGCAAUAUGUGUAGUAUUGAUGGUGCUGGCAGUCGGAACCCAAUACGUCCAUUUAGAAUCGCCCGAUCGCCACAAGACUCACAGUACGGGUGUUGCGACGGACUCCGAAGUUCAGAGUAGUUGGGAGCUCGAGAUUGGAUCCGGCUUUUACCGUCAAGUAGCAAAGCUUCUUUCGGAAAUCAUCCACGCUGGCUCGCUACUCAGCGUCCAGGCACUUUUGCUUCUCGGCCUUUAUUCCUUACCCAUUGAUGCAUCUGGGCUGAGUUACAUCUAUCUAAACAUGGCUAUCAAGGUGGCCAUACAAAACGGAAUGCACCGAAAGGUCUCGCGCAACGUCCUCGAUACGAGAACCAAAGAAAUCAGGCGUCGCAUUUGGUGGACAGCGUACUGCAUGGAAAGGUUUGUUGAUUCUUGA